AUGGAUGACGAGUUCAGAGUUCGCCAUAUCUGCAGAGACUUUGAAUUCCACAGUAAGAAGUUGUCUUGGGAUGAUGCUCGUUCUUACUGCCGGAUCGGACAUGGGAGCUUGGUCACUGUGGACGACGCAAACACGCAAGAAUUUCUCUACAUUCUCUUCCUGUAUCGGGCGGAAGUAACUUUCACAGACUAUUGGAUCGGGUUACAUAAAACAGAUUCUCAACAGUGGAGAUGGACUAACGGUCAGAUAUUCAACUACAGCAGCUGGUAUUACAGGCCUAUAAACGCAAUUAGCGGUCAAUCGUGUGCGAAACUGCUGUCCACUGAAAGACUGAAGUGGAUAUACUCCGACUGUCACGAGACCAGCGGCUUCAUUUGUGAAUACCAACCAAAAAGAGCAGGGUUAGAAGUCGCAGUUACGGUUUCGGGACAAACGGAGACGACCGUAGAAGAGUGUGGGGACCGUGAAUCCUUGCCAGAGCAUUGGAUGUGGGUGUUCUACUCCGGGGCCGUUCUUAUAGUCCUACUUAUAAUAGUCAUUAUAAGCACGUGUUGUGUUAAUUGCGGUAAAACUAAAACUUCAAAAACUGUUCCCGCCACAGAGAGAGUCAGUUGUCCGAAUGACCCCAGUUUUACCCACUAUGCCUUUAUAUAAUGUUUUUCUUCGUGCACAAUUUGCGAGUUUUUUUUAACAUCAAUCAGCAUCGACUUUGGUAUACUACGCCAUCAUCAAAGUAAAAAAAAAAAAAAAAAAAAAAAAAACCGGACUAAAAUAAAUACGGACUAAGUAUGAUAGUGCUUUCUUGGGGGCAAUAUGGGAAUCAAAGGUAAUCUCAAAUUAAGUGAGCCGCGAGGGCGAUUUUAAAUGGGAUUUUUUGUUUUUUGCACGUUAGAAAUGAUGUGUGCCGUAACUUUUAAAAUGAACCUUGCUGACUAUUUUAAUUAUAGGACUAUCAUUCUUGCUUUGAAAGUAUUAAAUUGUUCAACUCCAGGUCAUUUUCAUGUUUAUCAUUUAUAGAUGUUCAUGAAAUUAGCAGUAGAGCUACUAGACUAAAUCAAAGCAGUGCAUUGUAUUUCCCUCGGACAAACAUCUUAUACAAUUUACUGCUCGCAACAUUAGAAACUUUUUAAAUCUACAUACCUCAGAAAAUAAUUGAUUGUAUUUGUAUAUUACUGCUGGUUGUACAUAUGAUUUUAGGACCACAAUGUGAACUAGCUUUGUAAACUAAGUAUACCUUAUCGUGUUUAAAUAAAGGAUAUUAUCAAUUAUAGGGGCGGAUCCAGGAAUUAUUUAAAGGGGGGCGGGGGGUCUACCAUUAAUUUUGGUUUUCAAAAGGGGGUUCCACCCUCAAAAUGCGGGUUUUCAAAAAUCUACUUAAGCAAAAUUUUCUGGAGAAAAAAAAAGGGGAGGGUCCAACCCCUUGACCCCCCUCUAGAUCCGCCACUAAAUUAUUAUUAUUAUCAUUACUAUUUGUAUCUAUAUGUUUACAUGUAAAACAAAAUACAAAAUCACAACAAACACAGCAGGUGUGGCAGCGAUAAAGAUCCGUAACUGCUCCAAGGCUGUAAUCGCGGAGCAUAGACCUAAAUUUGCAGCCCUCCACCAACAAUGGUGACAUCUCCAUAUGAGUGAAAAAUUCUCGAGUGAAACGUUAAACAAUAUUCAAUCAAUCAAUCACAACAA